ACGAUCAGGAUCCACAGAGAAGAGCCCAAACUCUCUCUCUCUCUCUCUCUCUCUCUCAUUCUAGGAAAGCACUCACAGACCUAGUCUUUGGUACCUUCUUUCAAAGAUUUUUGUUCACAUAAGAUAAUCCUACCACAUCACUAUCCCUUCCCUAACUCCAUGGCUUGAUUUUUUUAGUUCUCAUUUCCUUCAUCAUCUUCACACACAGAUCGGUUCUGUUGACAUCAGUUUUUAUUUUCUCGUAUUAAGAAAAAAUAAUGAAGGUCGACUGAUUGGGGGAACUGUAUCGGUUAAACUGUUAAGGUUUUUGAGACUUCUAUAUUUGAGUGUUUGGUGUGAAUUGUUAGUAAAAAGACGAUGUCUAGUGGUGUAGACACGCACUGGUGUUACCAAUGCAGUCAGACUUUCUGGCUUCGAGGAGGAGAUGUUGUCUGCCCUUACUGCCAUGGAGGCUUUGUUCAAGAGAUUGAGGAGAUUCAUGGUUUGGGGUCUCAGAAUGUAUCUGCCCCUGAUUCAGGAGAAGUAGUUUCUCAUCAAAGUCAAAUGCCUGAUAUUUUUGAUCUUAUGUAUGCUUUGAUGGGGCGAAAUGGCUCUGACCGAAGAAUUAUAGAAACUAUCAGACAUAGAAUGGCUGGAAGAAAUCCUAACUUCGAUGUUAGAAGAAGAUCUGUUCCCGAACAGAAUUGGGGGAACCCCAACUCCAAUUCGACACCUUUUUUAGUAUUUCAUGGUCAAAUUCCAGGAUUAGCUUUUUCUAAUGGCAGCUCUGGAAGUGGACAUAGGCGUGGUGAUUUUGGUGACUACUUUGUUGGCCCAGGACUGGAAGAACUUAUUGAACAGCUGACUGUGAAUGAUCGGCGCGGCCCUCCUCCAGCAGCUCACUCUUCCAUUGAUGCAAUGCCCACUAUCAGGAUCACACAAGUGCAUAUUCGUACUGACUUGCAUUGUCCCGUCUGUAAAGAAAAAUUUGAGUUGGGGUCUGAAGCAAGAGAGAUGCCUUGUAACCACAUUUAUCACUCUGAUUGUAUCGUUCCUUGGCUGGUUCAACAUAAUUCAUGCCCUGUUUGCCGUGUUGAGCUGCCCCCUCAAGGCCGCACUAGUAGUACUGGCGGUAGUCGAAGUUGGGUUGGAGGAAAUGGUAACAGCAGCAACAGCAGCAACAGCAAUGUAGAUGGUAAUAGCUCUAAUAGUAGGGAGACUGGUCGUCAGACCUUUGGAAGAAGAAGCGCAUUGUCAUAUCUCUGGCCUUUCCGUUCAUCAAAUUCAAGCUCAUCUAGUCCAAACUCGACAAUUUCAAACUCAUCAAUUCCAAACACAUCAAAUCCAAACACUCGCUACAAUUCUGAAACUGGAGGAAAUAGCUCAUCAACCACCCUUGAACAUAACAAUGAGAUGAGUUACUCUGGUUGGCCUUUUGAUUACUAGUUGUUUGCUUGGUUUUCUUGUCCAGUGGCAUUUGACACCAAAUAAAGCUAAAUAAGUAUGGUUUGGUGUGGAAAUGCUUUGAAAAUGGUAUGUUCUUUUGCAUUAUAUAUACUAUUAUAUAAUGUAGCUUAAGGUCAGUAGAAGCUCGAUGGACUUCAUGUAAAUGUUGUGCUGGCUUUAAAGGGGCUGCAAUUUCUUUUGAUAAAUAGUUUACGUUUUUUCUUUUUUUCGUUAGUUUAAUGAAUGAAUGUGUCUUAUAGAGUCUU